AUGGGGUUGUGCAAUGGUACACGUCUCAUAGUUACAAGAAUUGGAAAACAUGUUAUUGAAGCCCAAGAAAUGUCUGAGUCAACUACAGGGAUGAAAGUAUGCAUACCUCGUAUUGCUAUGUGUUCAUCUGAUUUUAGGUUUCCAUUUACUUUGAAAAGGAGGCAGUUUCCUAUUAUGCUAGCUUUUGCAAUGACCAUUAAUAAAAGCCAAGGCCAGAGCCUGUGUAAUGUCGGUUUGUACUUGCCUCGUCCUGUUUUCACACACGGCCAGUUAUAUGUUGUUGUUUCUCGUGUUCGAAGUAGGAAAGCUAUGCCAAACUGUGAGAGUGAUAAUGGUGGGUCCCAUGACAACAUGGAAGAGAAGAGUAGUGAUGAUGGAGCCAAGAACAGCGUUGAGUAUAGUGAUAGUGGCUUUGAUAAUAAUGGUGGCGAUAAUGGGUUUUUGCUAUCUGAG